GGCCGUGCCUACUCCAGGCACGGUGACCACGAAAGCGUCGAAAAGCUACGGCAGCUUUAACGAUACGAAUUUCGAAAUAACUAUACUAGAACAUCAUUUCUCGUCGCAAUCGGACCUCGCGGACAACGAUAGUGGCAUGUCCUCCGGCGAAAACGAUGACUCCCUCAAAGUGAACAAUAAUGUAGUGAAUAACGAUGUAACUAAGUGCCUAAAUACGUGUGCUGUGCAACGGAAUGAGAUUCCGAGCUGUUCCAGCGACGUCGCUAAUAGAAACGUGUGUGUGACAGACACGGAAAAUGAGUGUGUUAACGAUUUCAUAGUGAUUAACGUGACAUGUGAUGUCGAAACUAAACCGGAUAGGAAGGUAGGUACAAAUGUGUAUAGCGUCGAUUGUGAUAAUUCAAGUAUUCUUAGCGUAGAGUCUAACCGUUUAGUUCCUGUUGCGAACAAGGAGCUUGUAAAGUCGGAUAGUCAGAAGUUGGUGAGUUUAUCGCUUUCUAUACUGCUAGCGGCGAUUUUACAGGCGAUGCGUUGUUUCGCACAAUUCUUAGAGGAUAUUGUCGCGCCGCAGCGGUUAUGAUAGUUGUGUUCCUUUUAAUUUUAUUUACAAUAAAUAUACAUGCUAGUUGACAUGUUGGUAUAAAGUCCUAGAUAUAUGUACCAUGCUAAUGUUAGCGUGAUGAUUCCUUAUACAAUCGGAUUAUGACAUGUUUUAUGUACAUAAAUAAAUUAUUGUGAUGAAAGAUUUUACUAUGAAACUUCAUUUCAUAGUAAAAUCUAGAUAAACUAAGUUAAUUUCUGGGCCCUUAUACCAAUGAUUAGCCUAUUACAAAACUAAUAUUCGAAUUUUUGUAAUGGUUGUAUAAUUUAGGGGAUUUAAUAUUUUUAAAGUAUCCAUUACAUAUGUACUUAUUGUAGUGAAACGAAAACAUUGUAUUGUAAAGUUCAAAAAGGGUAUGAAUAAUCGUAUCAUGGUAACGUCCAUUUAGGUCGAACCUUUUUUAUAAGUCAGUCAUGUAGAAAGACUGAUCAGGAAUUGAGAGCAUCCGAGAAAACAUUUUUGUUGUGCUAUGUUUUUCAUUGUUAGAGGAAUUUUUAGUUAUAAGAAAUAAAUAUAUGCUUCUUAGCAUUUCAGGUAUCAGAGAUUAUAAUUGACAUGAUUAUGAUAGACAACACUCUUUAUUAGAGUGGCUAAUUAAUAAAGAUUUUUGUUUCGCAAUUAUAAAAAUUUCUGUUCGCUCCGUCCAUCGGAAUUCCUUUUACAUUGUAAUAUUUGUAAAGACAUGAAAACUCUUAGGUGUCUAGACAUUUCAUCACAAACAAAUAAAACGAGAUUUUAUUUAAUAAUUUAAUAAAUAAUAAUGAACAAUACACAAAUGCUAUACACACACACAUCAAAUAAAUUAUGAGGUUAAAUAGGUCGUGUUACACUAAGGUGAUUUUCUAUUUAUUGUCUCGACAUUUCACUAGUUGUUUACAAGGAGGCCUCGUUGAUCACGGUUAUCAGUCUGUUGUUAGCGUUAUGGCACUUUUUCUUCCAUUUAAUAGAGUUCCUGUGUUCUGGGGUGUUUGUGUCCUGGUUUGAUUGCUGUUGCGAAUUUGAAUUAGCUACGACUAUGGACCAGCGUCGGCCGCGACGCUCGUUUAUGUUCGGCAACUCGGCUAUCAAGUUGUUUUCGUAUUCACUCAGCAUUAGGUAGUUUUCCACCUGUAAUCGUAAUGAGAGUCGAUAAAUAUUUUCUUACUGUAAUAUUUUUGGAAAGUACAUCUAUUUCUAUAAAUCAUCCUAUUGAUAAGAAAGUCGAUAUACUAUCCGUGUAUGUUAUUAAGAUUAUUUGGCUUUAUAUUCGCUUUACCUCGUCAUUGUAAAUGUUCAUGGCUAGCUAGAACUUCAUUUUAAAAACAAACAUAAACUAUAAGAUGCAGAUUUAUUUACUUAAUCUAAGAUUUAUGUUGCUAUGACUAUAUUUACCAAAAUAAUAUGAAGUGAUAUUGUUAUAAAACUAAGUACCUACAUUUAGAUAUUAUUAAGAUAAAAUCCAUUCCAUACAUCUAUAACGAAGUUAUUCUAUGUAUAAUGUUCAAAAUUUUGUCGUUAAGUAAAUAAUAUUUUGAUUUCUUUAGUAUAUUUUACAGACACAUUUGACUUUUUAAGUGCUCUACUUCCAAACUUGCUAACAAAUUAUUGACGGUAUUUAUACAUAUUGUAUGAAAUUUUAUAUCAAUUAUUAUGUUAAUUAGCUUUUGUUAAUGUUGUAAUUAUUUCUUUAACCCUCAUUUUUUUAAUUUUAUAAGAGACGAUUUGUAUAAAAUAGACUCUCGGUACUUAAUAUCAUACAUUUUUUGUAUAUUGAUGUGUCCUAAAUUAUUGUCAAAUGAGGUAGGUAUCCAUUAGAAUGAUUACUGUAUAGAUUUGACUAUAUGAGGGUUUCAAGAUAUACAUAAGGCAAAAUUCUUGUAAAAAUGAAAUUGACGAUUAUUUUUAUUUUAUGACUGCAUAAACAUCUCAUUAAAAGUGUCUCUGGUCUAUUAAGAUAAAAAAGGAUAUAAUGAUCUGUAUAAAAAUUAAAAACGGUACUGAAAUAUCCAAAAAAAUUGAUUGCUAAGCAAUUUACUGUGAUGAAAGUGAUUAUGUUAGUUAUUAAAUAGAAUGAACUAUAUCAUACUUUUACGUUUUUUUUAAUAGUAGUAUAAUAAUUUUAUAUCAAUCCAUGAUAAUUCAUCUAUAUUGUAGCAUUUAUCAAAAUGUAUUCGCAUUAUAUUUAACGGUGUUUAUGACUUAUUUACUCAGCACUUAAAUUUGUAUUAUUUUUUUUGUAUUGAAGAAUAAAUGCAUUAUACCAA